AUGCAAUCUAAAAUAUCUGAAUGGACAAAAUUACGAUGUAUUUGGCUUAGAAAUAUACCAUUUUUAUAUGAUUCACUAUAUGAGAUACAGGUACCCAAUAAUAAUUUAAAGACAAGCCCUUUAAAAUUUUGUAAAAAUAAAAAAUUAAGAUUUGAAAAUGAAUAUUUACGUAGUAGUAUAACAGAAAUUUCUUUGGAUAAUACAAUAUCUAGUAAUAUAAAAUGUUAUUCAAGUAAUACUGAGACAAAUGGAAUUAAAAGUCAAUUCAUGUACUGUGACAAGAAUAGUAUGGAUAUAUAUAUAUUAGAAAUUUGUUGGGAUAAAGAUGAAUUUGAUGAUGAGAAUUAUAAUCUAAAUUCUAAUUAUCCAAAUUUUAAUAUAAUGAAUAUUUUUGAUAAAAAUAUAAAUAAGACAAACUCCGAAUAUUAUAAAAAUGAUUUAAAUGAAUCUAUUAAUUUAUCUCAAAAAGAUAUAAUUAAAAAUAAUAAAGAUAUGAAUUGUUUACCUAGUAAUUGUAUUAGAUUAUUAAAUAACAAUAAUACAGACCAAACAAUUGUAGCUGUUUCUUGUAUAGAUGGUAGUAUUGGAUAUAUAUAUAAAGAAAAUAAAGAUAUUUCAUUAUCUGAGAAUAAUUUAUGUAAUUAUAUAUAUAAUAAUGUUAAUAAUCAUAAAGAAUUGGCUUAUGGUUUAUCAUGGAAUAAAUUUAAUCCAAAGAUUUUAUCUAGUUGUAGCAAAUCAGGAGAAUUAUUUAUAUCAGAUAUAUUUUAUAAUAAGAUUUUGUUUAGUGAUAUUAUAAAUAAAGAUAAUGAUUUUGAUAAUUUAUCUUUGAAUGAUAUUUCUUGGUUUAAUGAAAAUUUAGUUUGUAGUAUAUCUAACAGGGGAAUUUUAUAUAAUUGGGAUAUACGUGAAAAUCCAAAGAAUAAGACAAAAUUUAAGAUAUCUAAUUAUGAAUUAAUAUCUUUAGAUAUGCAUCCUAUACAUCCCUUUUUUGCAUUAGGGGAUAAUAUUGGGAUUGCAUCUUUAUGGGAUUUUAGGAAGUUUUCAUCUAUCAAAAAUUCGAAACAUAAUUCAAUUUUAACUUUGGAUUAUCUUGAAAAGAAUAGAUUAUUAAAUAGUAAAACUAGCAAAUAUAGUAAAUUAGAAUCUACAAGUAGUACUAAUUUAAAUAUAUAUGGAAGUCCUAUAACUAAGAUUUCUUGGAUGCCAUAUCCAGGUUACUCAAUAUUAUGCUGUGCUCACCAUACAGGCCAUUUAAGAAUUUGGGAUAUAUCAAAUAAUCCAGAAUUUUCUGUAAUAAAUUCAGGAUUGUCUUAUUAUCAGCAGCCUAAUAAUUUGGUAUUUGUUCACUCUGCUCACUUUAUAAAUGGCUUUCCACCAUCAAAUUUAGAUUUUUCUUCAAUUAAUAGAAACAAAAAAGAUAAUCAAGAAUUAAGGAGUUUUUCUGAAUUAUAUAUACGAAAUCUUUAUUAUAAUAAUAAUAAUAAUAAAGAAUUAUUAAAUAAUAUAGAAAAAUGUUCUAAAUCAAGUGAUUUACAAGAUAUGAAUACUAGUAAGGAUUUUCAAGUAUAUAAAGAAUCAUAUUUGAUAGAAAAUUUUUUAUUUCCAAUAGAUUAUACUUAUAUGAUACCUUUAAAAGAUGAACUUUAUUCUACAAUGAUUGUUUCUAUUGAUAAUAGUUAUACAGUAAAUAUAUGGUCUCCUAGGCAUGUUGGUAAUUUCACUGUUCCUGAAGAUGUUCAUCAAAGUGAUGAAAAAAGAAGAAAGACUAAUUUUCUGGAAUUGAAGUGA